CAUUGGAAUUCUCCAAGAUUCCACUCCUACCUUCCCUCUGGAAAUUCCUUUCCCGCCAUCUGUGCUGACAUGCUGAGUGGAGCGUUCGGAAUUAUUGGAUUUUCUUGGUCUGCAUGUCCAGUAUCAACUGACUUGGAGAUAAUCAUGCUAGAUUGGCUAGGAAAGAUGCUCCAGCUGCCUCAAGAUUUUCUGUUUUCCUCGAAUGGAAAAGGAGGAGGAGUGAUUCAGGGUAGUGCCAGUGAAAGUACAUUACUGGCUUUGAUAUGUGCUCGAGAAAAAGCCAUUUCUUCUUUCCAAGCUAUCGACAAGGGCUGGAGUCGGAGUAUGAUUAUGAAUAAACUGGUGUACUAUGCAUCAACAGAGGCUCAUUCUUCUGUGGAAAAAGCUGGAUUACUUAGUGGGCUGACAUGUCAUUUACUUCCAACAGAUGCCGCCUUCAGCCUUGAAGGAGACGUGCUCCAGGCUGCUAUUGACAAAGAUCGAACCCAAGGAAAGAUCCCAUUUUUUGUAGUAGGAACUCUGGGCUCAACCAAUUCGUGUGCAUUUGACAACAUCGAGAAAUUAGGAGAAGUGUGUAAGAAAGAAAACCUCUGGUUUCAUAUAGAUGCUGCUUAUGCUGGUGCCGCUUGUAUUUGUCCCGAAUUUCGAUAUCUUUUAAAUGGAGUUGAAUACGCGGAUUCUUUCAUAUUGUGUCCUUCGAAGUGGAUGCUCGUCAACUAUGAUUGUUGUGCCAUGUGGAUAAAAGACCGUGAAGACAUUGUUAAGCCUUGCUAUAUCACGCCUGCAUAUUUGAACGAAGACGUCCAAGAACAAACAGUCGAUUACAGGCAUAUUAGCCUUGCUCAUGAGUUUGAAAACCUGGUAAGGAACGACCAUAGGUUUGAAAUUGCACUUCCUGUGGUUUUAGGAGUUGUUUGCUUUAGGCUGAAGGGUUCAGACACACAGAAUGAAGAAAUGUUACGUGUUAUAAGGGAGCGUGGAAACAUAGCUCUGAAGUCUUCAAGAAUACGUAGCCUCUACAUCAUCAGAUUUGUCGUAUGUGGCAAAGAUACGGAAAGUGAAGAUAUACUGUUUGCUUGGAGAGAAAUCUGUCUGGCUGCAAACAAAAUUCUGAAUUCAAAAGAUGAAGCUGACUUACGUGAACAGUUCUAGUCUUACUCAGGAAUGAACUUAAAAAAAAACUCUGUUACAGUUUUCGGUCAACCUGCCUUUAAAUAAAGUACGUGGAUCAAAUAUUCUCUGAUGUAUUUAAAUAUUUCUAAAUAUUCGUAAUGAAAGAAUUUCUUUCCUGUGUUAAUGUAGAACCUACUUUUAGUGAUCAACAAUCGAAGACCUCUGUAACUAAAAAAAACUAAUCUCCUAUAUAUUCACCUGCACAAUCAGGAACUUCCUAUAAAUAGGGCCAAUAUUUUCAGGUGUGACUAUAACUAAGUCUUUCGAAACGUCGUCCUCUAUACUUGCGUUUCUACAACAGGCAGUUGCUGUCCAUUCAACAAAGUUUAUCAUGUAUACUGAUCAUUUUUUCCACCAAUUUGCAUUGGCUAUAAAAAAAAUUAUCUCAUUCAUGAGCAUCAACCAAAUAUUUUCAGAUGGACAAUAUUUCAGUCUGAAAGAAAAGUU